AUGGUUCCUGUACUUGUGACUGAGAUCUAUAACGAGUUUAUUGAUUCGAAUGCAACAUCGCCUGUUAAUGUGGAUUGCAAGGUAAUGGAGAUAACGGAGGAGAAUUUGAAAAAUCCCAAUCGAUGGAGUUUUGACGAAGCUGCGGACCACAUAUUCUGCCUAAUGAAGAAUGAUAGUUAUCAGCGUUUUCUCCGUUCUGACAUCUAUAAAGACCUCCUCAUUCAGUCGAAGAAGAAGGUACCCGUGAAGAUGUCAAGAGACAUCGGCAUACGUUUCCCAACGUUGCCCGGGUUUUCGUCAAAUGCAGUGCGCCGAGACGCAAACCUCACUGUUGGCGCUCAGGCAGUGGUGGCCACGAGCGGAUCGUCUAGCUGCUCACCUACAACUGCAACUACCGUAGGCAUUUGA